UUCACGUGCGAAUAUCGAAUGCGGGCGCCUUGAGUGAUCUCUCGACAGCUGAUGACAUCUCAUCCCACUCCAACACGCCAUUGGAAACACCACCCACAAUGUCCUACCCCGCCCGUCAACCCCUCCCCUCCCACAUCCGCCCCUCCUCCGGCCUAGCAAACUCCAACACCAGCACCAGCAGCACAACCCAAGCAUCCCUCCUCCAAGCACGCAUCAACGAAAAGCGCGUCGAGCUCGAAAGUCUGCGCCAACUGCGCGACCUCAGCGCCGGCCUCGCGGGGCAAAUGCAGCAGCUGGAGCAGAAAUUGGCGACGCUGAGUGAUGGUACCCAGGCCGUGGCGGAGGUGCUGGGGAAUUGGAAUAGUGUGUUGAGGGCGGUGCAUAUGGCUUCGACGAAGAUUCCGAGGGUGGGGAAGGAGGGUGAGGGUGAGGACGGGGAGAGAGAGGAGUUGCCUCAGACGUUGGUGCGGAUUCCUAUUCAGCAGGCUGUGGAGGCGCAGAGGGAGGCCGAGGCGGCUGCUGAGGCUGCUGGGGAGUGAGGAAAUGAAGAAGUGAACAGAUGCAGGGUAUCAUUGGAGGCCAUAUGGCUCACAGAACUCGAAAGCCAUGAGGAGGAAGAGGCCAUACAAAAGCAGUGAGCCCGAUGGUAGCCAGGGGUGGAGUCAUUAAGCAGUCACCGAAACACCACGAGAACGGCUGCGAAGUCCCGGACGCCACCCACUGGAGUUGAUCUGGCAAGGAGGGACGAACGCCGCGGACCGCCACUGGGAGAGAUGAGACGCAGGGAGCAGUGGCGCAAGACGUGGCCUGGACAUAUGGCUCUUAUCUAGAUUCUAUUCAUACAGACAUGCUCAAACGCAGGCG